AUGGUGUUCCUAGAGCUCAAGCAGGGAAACAUGAUUAUGGCUAAAUAUGCAGCCAAGUUUGAGGAAUUAGUGAGGUAUUUUCCUCACUACCAAGGAAGAGAUGGUGAAAGUUCAAAAUGUGUGAAGUUUCUGAACGGCUUGCGGCCUGAGGUGAAGCAAGCUAUGAACUAUCAAGGUGUCUAUCAGUUUACACUUUUGGUGAACAUGUGUCGAAUUUGGGAUGAGGACUCCCGACACAGGGCGGCCUAUUAUAGGAGUACGGGCCUAAUGAAAAAUAAAAAGAAUGGAUCUAAAAAUCUGGGAAAACCAUAUCCAACCCCUCCUAAGCAACAUGGUAUUCUCCCCCAAAAUCAGAGGACUACUGUUAUGGGGUUUGCUAGUGGUAGUGGUAGCAAACCCACUACUUUCCCAACCCAAAUCAUUUGUUUCAGGUGUGGUAAGCCAAGCCACAUCUCCUCAAACUAUACCAAUAAGGAUAGGAUCUGCUUCAACUAUAGGAAGAACGGGCAUAUUCAGAGAAAUUUCCCAUAUCCCAAGAAGGAGCAGAAUGGUGGGGUUCUAAAUGACCAAACUGAACAUUCAAAGGCCACGGGAAGGGUCUUUACUCUUAAUGGUGUCGAAGCUUCGAAAUCCAAAGAUCUAAUCCAAGGUAUGGACUCAUUAUCUUCCAACCAUGUCUUGUUAAACUGUUUUGAUAAAGCUCUUGUGUUUGAUGAUUCUAGAGUGAGUAAGGAUAGGAUGUUUAUCUCUGCCAACCUAGUUAUGACAUCUUUAAAAGAAGAUUCUCAAGUGUACAUGAUCUCAUCUAACCUAGAAGUAGAGACAAUGGUUUCCGUGGGUGACCUCUUUAUUGUUAGAGAGUUUCCUGAAGUGUUCCUAGAGGAUAUAUCUGGUUUAUCACCUGAGAGAGAGAUAGUGAUUUCCAUAGACCUGGUACUCGGUGCUGGACCCAUAUCCAUAGCCCCUUAUAGGAUGUCUCCUAUAAAGUUAGCCAAGCUUAAGAAACAGUUAGAGGAGUUGUUGGAUAAGAAAUUUGUGAGACCUAGUGUGUCUCCAUGA